CUGUGCUCCGACAAGAGUAAAUGCCCCUCAUCGACACCCUUUGUCACAUCGGCCCACUCGUACCAUUGGCUGACGCCGCAAGUUGCUAGACACUCUCUUGAUCGCCCUCGCAACCGCCUCAAAACAGCUCAGGAUCGUGAGGGUCGGCAUCCAAUGGGGCCUUCCUCAGGUAGACAAACAAGUGCCCCCUCAGAGCCUUACCCUGGCACCCUCCCUUCGAGACAGCCAUGUGGCCGUAACCAGUUGGGCUCAGCAUGGACCGGAUGAGAUAGCCUUGGGCGCCUCGAUAUCCCAGCUCUCGCAUGUCGAGAUCCUCCCUUCUGCCCAUGUUAGCCAAUCCCAGCCUAUGGCUCCCCCCGUCGUCCUGACGGUGCGGUCAUACGUCCCGGAAGACACCUCCUCCUACCAUCAAGAGACCCAGAGUAUUAUUGAUCGCUGGGAGAUCCUCCUCGACCAGCCUCAGGCGCUUCACCCGGCAUUUGAACAGCUAGCAUCCAAAAACGGAACAGCGUCCGUGCCUCCCACCAUGACGCGCUUGCGCAAGCUCGAGCCGAUUGUGUUGCCCAAGGUGAUCGUAACCGUCACCACAGCACAGUCUGGCAGAGUACUCUGCUUCGCCUUCAGUGACGGCACUGUUCAGUACAGGAAUCGUUUUACCAUGGAAGAGAUAUAUAACGAGUCCGACACCGAGAGCAUCAUGCACCCACUUCAGGUUGGGUUUCACUUCACCAACGACACACCAUGUCUCCAGGUGGCCUUCUCGCCCACCAACUGCUCCUUCGUCCAGCUAUGUGAGGAUUUGACUGUCAAGUGGAAUAGGUUACAUUAUCCCCUGGAGGACCAAGGGGCAUCGCUGGAGAGCGCCGAUCAGAAGGCGGUUCUGGCCGCCUUGACUGUCGCCUUAUCUGCAACACUAAACCAGGGCUCGGGCUCCUGUGACGAUAUCUUGGCAAUGGCCCGGCCGUUUGACCGCAUCCCGGACUUCGCAUCUGCUUGGGUAAGAGAGAUGGUCAACAUGUUCAAGAUCGUCGUCGACUAUUCCGAAGCCGCCCAUCACGAGCAGCUUGUGAAGAACACCCCCUUACAACACUGCCUCUCCGUCAUCAGUCAUCUCAGCUUCCGCGGAGACUUCAAGCCCCGUUCGCGCAGCGGCCGAUUUGCCAUGCUUGCGCUAGGUAUAAGGAGCGUUAUUGUCGUCCUCACGGUGGCCGCCAACACGUCAAUGAGCAUGAGAGAAAGAGGGAACCCAAUGGACGAUCCUGACGUGGUGGAUGCGGUAACGGGAUGCGCGAGAUGGGGCACCUCUCUGCUCGCGUGGCUCACCGACUCGCUCUUUCAACUUCUCGAGGACCCGGAGAUGGCGGCCAUGUUAAACAGCCCGAAGCGCUUCCCAGAGUUGGCAAAGUACCUCGAGUCCAAGAAUCAUGUCGCCCUGCAGCUGUUGCUCUGCUCCUUCACGCGAGGCUGCCUGUCGGCUCUUUGCCGCCGUCUGCAGCUGGUCGAGUCGGUGAGCAACCGCACGGCCCAGUACUACGAAACGCGGUUCCAGCAGCAGCAGCAGCAGCAGCAGCAACAACAACAACAAGACUCGGCCGCCGGCGCCGCAGCGUCAUCGCGCCCUCACCCGGCUCUCGUGCAGGCCUAUCAGCGGAUGGAGAGGGUCAUGUCGUCGGCCCUUGUGAAGGUGUCCUGGUUCGACCGCAUCUUGAGCGAACUCAGCAGCGACAUUCAAGCAGCGUACCAAAAGUCUCUUUCGGGGCUCGUCGCGGCCAACGUAAAACCUCAGGCCCCCAACCUGACGGAACAGCAACAGCAGCAGCAAAACGAGCUAUUCAUCAAGAAGGCGCAGGCCCACUUCGAGCUGGACAUGCUGCUGGGGCAGAACCCGCCUCCGAGCUUCCGCGAGGUCCUCCUGAAGCUAUUCAGUGUCACCCUUCCGGCCUUCCGCAACCAGACGGACCGGGCCAAGCUGUACUUUGCCAGUUACGACCUGCUCGAGGUGGAGGACAGCCCGGUUACCCUGGCCAAGAGGAAGGCGGCGGGCAAGUAUGUGGACGUGUUCAAGCGGGUCGAGCUGGUUGUCGGGCCGCGACCCAAGCGGGCGGCCAGCCCGGAGGGCGGCAGCAACGCGGCAGAAGGCCACCACGGCUCGGCAGCGCAGCGCAAAGGCGCGGCCGGCGGGGAAGAGACUGCGAGCGCCGCGGGCGCCAACGGGAUCGGAGAGGACAACGGGAUGGCAAGCUACCGAGCGGCGCUCAUGGGCAGCUGGACGGGGAUCGGAAACGAUACCGGCCCGCAGUGGCGCCGCUGCGUGCGCUGCGCGGCUGUCAUGAGCGAUCUGUUCACCACCAAGCCCGGCUACAACUUUGUGCUCUCGCAGCAGAGAAAGUGCGUGUGCGGAGGGAGCUGGGGGACUUUGCCCAGGGGAACUUGAAGGGAAGAAAGAGGGGGAAACCGGACCUGGUCGCAUGUCUAUGGUAUGCACACAGGGCGACGUUAAAGAGUACUACGAGUAGUAGUAGUAGCGGGAGCCAUCUGUCAUCUGGCGACGAAGCCCGUUCCCAGCAUCUCUAUUAUGCA